AUGUCGAAUCCACCUGAUAGGCCAUGGACCGAAGAGGAGAGGUACACUCUGCUCACCGAGAUCCUCAAGAAGGCCGGUAUUCCGUCCAGCCAUCUCGUCCGGAUGAUUCGCGACUUUCGCAUCGCGCCCAACUGGGGGGAUAUCCCCCUCCCCUCCGGCCGGUCCCUCAAUUCGUGUCAAUUGGCCUUCUAUCAUAUGUGCCAGCAGCCCGCGCACCCUCCGACUCACCCCGCGUCGUUUCCCCCGCGUCUGGACGUGACCGGCCCGCCGGCGCCGCCAAUGGAUCCGAGCGCCCUGCGCAAGCGGCCGCUCUAUCCAUCAGACAAACCGGCUCUGGCGCCUCGCGCUCUCCAACCUCGGCCGUCGGCUAGCACCGUAUCGUAUAGCAGUGCGAGCGGCGCGUCAGUUCAGCUGUCCCCGCGGUUGGAGUCUUCCAACGAGCCCCCGCGCAAACGUGGCCGUCCCAGCAAAGCAGAGACCGAGCGCCGCAAAGCCGUUGCUGAGGCCCGUGGCGAGACCUACCCUCCGCCGCGCCGCUCCAACUCCGGCCCUCUGAAGAUCCCCCCGUCGCCGACGAGCCCGGCCACGGCGGCGUCCGCGGGAACAGUGCCGUCACCAGCACCGCUCCCACCACCGGGCCUUCCCCCGGCUCCAAUGCACUACGAGGGGCCGGCAAGCCGGCCUCCCGCGCUGCCACCAGGCCCAUCUGCGGCCGAUGAACGACGUGAUCUUCCCUCACGCAGCAUGGGCUCUAAUCUGCGUGAGCUGCCCCGUCCUACAGAGCUCGGCCAUACCCUCCCAUCACCUCACACCCUCCAACUCGGACCCCGAGAUUCAUUCCCACGCCUCGGCAGCAACCCAGUUGAGCGUCCAUCCUACAGUUCCUUUGCCGCAGACCGCUUCUCCCCACCAGACAGCGGCCGCCGCGACUCUGUCACCAGCCAACCUAACCCGCCAUACAAUGAAGGACGAAUGAGCACAGCGCCAGCCGAAAAACCGCCGCGGUGA